AUCCAUCAUGGCGGCCGUGGGGGUCGGUGUCUGUCCCUGAGCGGCGCCGGAGCCGGAGCUGGGUUCACGUCUUGCGACGGCCGAGCCUCUCGGUGGUCCACGGCCCCUGCAGACCGCGAACAGCAGGCUCCCUCGGCGGAGCUCGGGGGAUGUAACUGCUCGGUGGCGGCGGCGUCCGGAGCCGGGGGAGGGGGUGUCUCGGACCGAGACCCCAGUGCUUGCUGCGGGCAGUGGAGCGACCGGGCCUCCUCCCCCUCUGUGCCGACCUCCUGACUUCGGGGCCGCGAGAGCUGCGGCCCUUACACCGCUGUCCCGGAUCGGGACACCGGGGGUAGUUUCAGUUUUCCCCGACCUGGGACACCCCGUUUCGUGAGGCUGGAGGAGCGUCGACCCCGGAGUAAGCCCCCCCAUGCCCUGCCCCGGGAGCCACCUCCUGCCCCCGAGCCGCCCUUUGCUCCAGAUCCCGGCCUCAGCUCUGGCCACGGAGCUUCCCAUUCAAAUCCCCUUCCUGCUGUCCAGCGGCCUCCCCUGACCCCCCGGUUACCCCCGCGAGUCUGUAAUGCCCUGACCUGUUCCAAUGUCACCUGCGGCCCCCUUGGACUCAGCGAAGCCACAAACUUUAAUGGAAAGGAAAAGUCUGGAUUGGUUUCACAGGCCUUUUAAAAAGAGGGCUUGAAAGUUGCUGGCACCGCAUUUCUGCCCAGUCUGACUGCAGGCAGGCUUUCGGUGAAGUCUGCGUGAGUGACCGUGUCUUCUCCGGAGAGCAGCGGAGAGUGGAGAAGCCAGGACAGGGAGCAGCGGCUUCCACACGAGGGGUUCUGGGGACGCAUCCGAGAUGGUCAGCGCUUCCCUUACGCCUGGAAACCGAAAUGAAAUUGAAGUGUUUUGAGUUCCUUUUAGCAACCCCUGUGAAUAUUUCUGUUUCGGUUUUUCUUCUCGAAAAGGAAAACUACUCAGUCCGUACAGCCUACUUUUGAGUCAAGAAGCGACACUUUUGGGUUGCAUCGCAAUUAAAAUUAAUAAACUGGCAGUCGUUGGAACACCUGUUUACGUGUGUUAGCCCGAACUCCACUCCCCUGCCUUGUGGAAGACGUGUUUCUGUGAUUGGCCUCAGUUGCCGAAUGUGAAACCCCACUACAUACUGCCUUCCUUCUAAGCCCACUGACUGUUCUGGAAGAUCUUGAACCCUCUUCUGGCAAGGGGUGCCCAUCAUUGCUUUAUGGGGCAGCAGCCUGGAAAAGUUCUUGGGGACCAAAGAAGGCCAAGUUUACCUGCCCUACAUUUUAUCAAAGGAGCAGGGAAAAAGGAACCAUCGAGGCAUGGGGGUCCACACUGCAAUGUUUUUGUGGAACAUGAAGCCCUGCAGAGGCCAGUGGCAUCUGACUUCGAGCCCCAAGGUCUGAGUGAAGCUGCUCGUUGGAACUCCAAGGAAAACCUCCUCGCCGGGCCCAGUGAAAAUGACCCCAACCUUUUCGUUGCACUGUAUGACUUCGUGGCCAGUGGCGACAACACUCUAAGCAUCACUAAAGGUGAAAAGCUCCGGGUCCUGGGCUACAACCACAAUGGGGAAUGGUGUGAAGCCCAAACCAAGAAUGGCCAGGGAUGGGUUCCAAGCAACUACAUCACGCCAGUUAACAGCCUGGAGAAGCAUUCCUGGUACCACGGGCCUGUGUCCCGCAACGCCGCCGAGUACCUGCUGAGCAGCGGGAUCAACGGCAGCUUCCUGGUGCGGGAGAGCGAGAGCAGCCCCGGCCAGCGCUCCAUCUCCCUGCGCUACGAGGGCCGGGUGUACCACUACCGGAUCAACACUGCCUCGGACGGCAAGCUCUAUGUGUCUUCCGAGAGCCGCUUCAACACGCUGGCUGAGCUGGUUCACCACCACUCCACGGUGGCCGAUGGGCUCAUCACCACCCUGCACUACCCCGCACCCAAACGCAACAAGCCCACAGUCUAUGGCGUGUCCCCCAACUACGACAAGUGGGAGAUGGAACGCACGGACAUCACCAUGAAGCACAAGCUCGGUGGCGGCCAGUACGGGGAGGUGUACGAGGGUGUAUGGAAGAAGUACAGCCUCACGGUGGCCGUGAAGACCCUGAAGGAGGACACCAUGGAGGUAGAAGAGUUCCUGAAAGAGGCUGCGGUCAUGAAGGAGAUCAAGCACCCUAAUCUGGUUCAGUUGCUCGGGGUCUGCACACGGGAGCCCCCAUUCUACAUAAUCACUGAGUUCAUGACCUAUGGGAACCUGCUGGACUACCUGCGGGAGUGUAACCGGCAGGAGGUGACUGCCGUGGUGCUGCUCUACAUGGCCACGCAGAUCUCCUCGGCCAUGGAGUACCUGGAGAAGAAGAACUUCAUCCACAGGGAUCUUGCUGCCCGAAACUGCCUGGUUGGGGAAAACCACUUGGUGAAGGUGGCAGACUUCGGCCUGAGCCGCUUGAUGACGGGGGACACCUACACGGCCCAUGCUGGAGCCAAGUUCCCCAUCAAAUGGACUGCGCCCGAGAGCCUGGCCUACAACAAGUUCUCCAUCAAGUCUGACGUCUGGGCAUUUGGAGUGCUGCUUUGGGAGAUUGCUACCUAUGGCAUGUCCCCUUACCCAGGAAUUGACCUGUCCCAGGUGUAUGAGCUGCUGGAGAAAGACUACCGCAUGGAGCGCCCGGAGGGCUGCCCGGAGAAGGUCUACGAACUCAUGCGCGCAUGUUGGCAGUGGAAUCCCUCCGACCGGCCUUCCUUUGCUGAAAUCCACCAGGCCUUUGAAACCAUGUUCCAGGAAUCCAGUAUCUCAGAUGAAGUGGAAAAGGAGCUGGGUAAACAAGGUGUGCGAGGGGCUGUGAGCACCUUGCUGCAGGCCCCAGAGCUGCCCACCAAGACGAGGACCUCCAGGAGAGCAGCCGAGCACAGAGAUGCCCCCGACGUGCCUGAAGCACCUCACUCCAAGGGCCAGGGAGAGAACGAUGCCCUGGACCACGAGCCUGCUGUGUCUCCGCUGCUCCCCCGAAAAGAGCGAGGUGCGCCAGACGGAGGCCUCACGGAAGACGAACGCCUCCUUCCCAAAGAUAAAAAGACCAACCUGUUCAGUGCCUUGAUCAAGAAGAAGAAGAAGAUGGCCCCAACCCCGCCCAAACGCAGCAGUUCCUUCCGGGACGUGGACGGCCAGUCUGAGCGCCGGGGGCUGGGCGAGGAGGAUGGCCGAGAGCUCAACGGGGCCCCGGCGCUCGCCGCCCCCGAUGCUUCUGAGCCCACCAAGUCACCAAGGCCUAGCAAUGGAGCUGGCAUCCCCAACGGAGCCUUCCGGGAAUCGGGGGGCUCGGGCUUCCGUUCUCCUCACCUGUGGAAAAAGUCCAGCACGCUGACCAGCAGCCGCUUAGCAGCCGGUGAGGAGGAGGGCGGCGGCAGCACCAGCAAGCGCUUCCUGCGCUCUUGCUCUGCCUCCUGUGUGCCGCAUGGGGCCAAGGACCCCGAGUGGAGGGCCGUCACUCUGCCACGGGACCUGCAGUCCACCGGGAGGCAGUUUGACUCAUCCACCUUCGGAGGGCACAAGAGCGAGAAGCCAGCGCUGCCGCGGAAGCGCGCAAGCGAGAACAGGCCCGAUCAGGUGGCCCGGGGCACGGUGACGCCCCCGCCCAGGCUGGUGAAGAAAGGAGAAGACGCUGCUGAUGAGGUGUUCAAGGACGCCCCAGAGUGCAGCCCAGGCUCCAGCCCCCCCAGCCUGACCCCCAAGCUCCUCCGCCGGCAGGUGGCGAUGGCCCCAUCUGCUGGCCUUGCCCACAAGGAAGAGUCCGGCAAGGGCAGUGCCUUAGGGACCCCGACGGCUGCCGAGCCAGGGCCCCCCACCAACAGGGUGGGGGGAGGCACCCCUGGGGGCCCUGGCAAAGGCCCUGCCGAGGAACCCAGGGUGAGGCGGCACAAGCACCCCUCCGAGUCCCCAGGCAGAGAUAAGGGGCGGCUGUCCAAGCUUAAACCCGCGCCCCCACCCCCGCCAGCCUCUGCAGGGAAGGCAGGGAAGACCUCACAGAGCCCAGGCCAGGAGACCACUGGGGAGGGCAGCACAAAAGCAAAGCCCACAGCGCUGGCUGUGGAUGCUGUGAACGCCGACACCACCAAGCCAGGCCAGCUGGCGGAGGGCCUCAAAAAACCGGUGGUCCCAUCCGGGCCCAAGCCACAGUCGGCUCCCAAGGCACCGGGGACCCCUACCAGCCCGACACCCGCUCCCUCCUUGCUGCCAGCGGCACCCUCGAGCCUGGCAGGAGACCAGCCUUCCUCCACUGCCUUUGUCCCCCUCAUAUCUACCCGUGUGUCGCUCCGUAAAACCCGCCAGCCCCCGGAGCGGAUCGCCAGUGGGGCAGUCACGAAAGGCAUGGUCCUGGACAGCACGGAGGCGCUGUGCCUCGCCAUCUCCCGGAACUCGGAGCAGAUGGCCAGCCACAGCGCGGUGCUAGAGGCCGGCAAGAACCUUUACACGUUCUGCGUGAGCUAUGUGGACUCCAUCCAGCAGAUGAGAAACAAGUUCGCCUUCCGAGAGGCCAUCAACAAACUGGAGAACAAUCUCCGGGAGCUGCAGAUCUGCCCAGCGACUGCAGGCAGUGGCCCUGCGGCCACUCAGGACUUCAGCAAGCUGCUGAGCUCUGUGAAGGAGAUCAGUGACAUCGUCCAGAGGUAGCAAAAGCCAGGACGCACCAGCUGGAGCUGCCUGCAGCCCGAGAGGGCUCACCCCUGCCUGUGGCGGUGGCUGACCAAGGACCCUGAGCUGGCACCUCGGCCCAGGGCUCGGCGCUGUGGAUGCAGCCCUACUACCUACGCUGCGAGUGGCCGUCUCCUGCCCCUCCUCAGCCACCCUGUCCUUACCAUGCAUCUGGAGUUCCAGCUCUUGACUGUGCUCAGCUGACCGGAGCCACCAGCCUUGGCCCCGCCAGGCGCCAUGGACGGAGAUCGCUGGAGCCAGCCAGCGGGGACUGUUGCCCUUCUGUUCCUGUCCGGAGCCCCUCCUCCGGCUGUGCCUUCUGUGUCACACCUCCACCCUGGUGAGGGAGCCCCCCAAGUGCACUGUCCUUGCACCUUCCCACUGACAACCCUGAUGGGGAGCCCCUUCCUAGGAAGGCUGUGCCCACCACUGCCCCUGCUUGUCAUUCCUGGCCUUGUGCCCACCCCAGGCAGGUGCUCUUGCCGGCUCCUCACCUGAAGAUGCUGAUGGUUUGAGGGGAGUGCAUGGCGAAGAACCAGCCAGCGUCCAGGGCCCAUACCUCAGCCCGUGCUCUCCUAAUGUGUGCUGCAAAUUGGGGCAUCGGGGGCCACCGAGGCCCGGCUCUCCACCUGGCUCCCCCUCUCCCCAAGGACUGCACAGGUGCUUCCGGACCACCCUGUGACACGACAGCUUCUGGCCGAAGCCCUGCCGUGGGGCCACACGCAUCAGGAGGAGCAUCUUUGAACUGCACGGAUGUCUUGGCUUUCAUCACAGGAGCGACGUGUAGCCUGGUGUUAUCUGGGGGUACAUGAGUCUGGGGAGGCCCAGGAUUAGUGCUAUACUUGGUGCGUCCCCCUGGGUGGCCCAGGGCUAGUGCAGGGGCCAUGCCUCAUGGGUCCCCUGACCAUGCACAGGCACCAGCGGGAGAGCAGGUGGGCCCUGGGCCCUCCUCAGGUCUCAGCCUCCUGAGCCAUGCGCGCACUACCAGCCAGACCUGGACCUUGGCGGUGGUGAAGACGUCCCCACCGUGCCUCACCUGCUCGCCCUGUGGCCUUGCAAACAAAACCAAACACCUCCCAGCCCCAGGUGCUGCCCCUUCCUGUUAACUUGCCGUGCCACUCUGUUUCGCGUUUAUACUUUGGUAAUUACGCUCUUUUUAUAGACUCACUCUUUUAUACAUGGCGUGUGAAUAGUUCUCCACUGUGUCCCCCGCAGUGCCCGUGGUCUCCCCUCGGUCCAGCACAUUUUGUUUCUGUGUAUGACUUCGUGGUUUUGAAUCCAGAUCUCUCCUCUGUAGUAUUUUUUAAAUAAAUAAGUGUUUACAAAAUGAC